AUGUCUUUAACUUGGAAUUACCCUGUGACUAGACGUGACGAGUCUAUCGUCGAGGAAUUACAUGGUAUCAAGGUUGCCGAUCCUUACAGGUGGUUGGAAAACCCUGACUCCGAAGAAACAAAGGCGUUCGUUGAUACUCAAAAUGCUCUUACGAAUAAACAUUUGGAGUCUUAUCCUUAUCGCGAAAAGUUUCGUGAAACCCUAACUAAAAUUUAUGACUAUGAGAAAUAUGGUUGUCCUUUUAAACAUGGCAAUCAUUAUUAUUAUUUUUAUAAUACUGGCUUGCAACCUCAAAAUGUCUUAUAUCAAUUGAAAAAUUCUCUUGAUUCCCCACCUGAAGAAUUUUUCAAUGCAAAUGGUACUGCUUCCCUUAAUACGUAUUCCUUUUCAAAAUACGGCAAAUACUUUGCUUAUGGCAUCUCUAAAUCAGGAAGUGAUUGGGUUACAAUAUACGUGAGAACAACUGAAAAUGAUGAACAAAACAAAUUACCGUUGGGUGAUGUGGUUGAAUGGGUUAAAUUCUCAUCCAUUGAAUGGACGCAUGAUGAAGCUGGUUUUUUCUAUAAUAGAUAUCCUGAACCUGAAAAAAGUGAUGAUAAAGGCACUGAAACCGAUACGAAUCUCAAUGCCAUGCUCUAUUAUCACAAAUUAGGCACUUCUCAAUCUGAUGACAUUUUAAUUUAUAAAGACCCGAGCAACCCCGAGUACAUGUUCGAAUCUUCCAUUUCUACAGAUGGUCGCUAUGUAAUUCUCAAAAUUGCAAAGGAUUGUGCUCCUGUAAAUAAAUUAUGGAUCUUUGACUUAAAAAAAACAAAUCAUCAAAUUAUUGAAAAUUGUGAUUUUCUCAAAAUUGUUGAUAAUUUUGAUGCUGAAUUUGAUUA